UGUGAAACUACUAUUCCAAGAUCUAGGGCCAUGAAUAUCUAGUUCUAAUGUUUUGUUAGUCGAUCUUUGAAAUUCAUUGCGUAUCAUAGAGACCCUGCUUUGAUUCAUAAAUCAUCGUCGUGUUCAUCGUCGGACUCGUAUUAAACUCUAUAUCACUCAUCGGUAGUCCUGCAGUAGCUCGAGAUAAUUCAGGGGAGCUUUCGGAAGCAGUAUGGAUCGUCACUCUCCUCAAAAACCACACUGGCUAGUUAAGAGCGAAAAUCAGAAAGAGGAAGAAGGUGAAGCGCAGGCUGUGAUAAUUGGUGGUAUGGUGUUAGACAUACACGCCAUUCCUUCUAUUCCUCCAAACCCUAGAACCACCGCUCCUGGCAAGGUGCGAUAUGCGGCGGGAGGUGUAGCAAGGAACAUUGCCGAAUGUGUAUCAAAGCUUGGAACAAAGCCUUUCAUGAUAAGCGCAUUAGGAUCGGACAUCGCAGGAAACAUGCUGUUAGAGUACUGGAAAUCUUCAGGAUUAUCAACAGAAGGUAUUCGAAUGGGAAAUGAGAUAGAGACUCCAGUUGUAUCCAUUGUCUUUGAUACUGAAGGAGAAUCCGCAGCUGCUGUUGCAAGUGUUGAAUCUCUCGAACAAUUUCUUACACCCAAAUGGAUUCAACAAUUCAAAACAAAUCUAGCAUCCGCUCCUAUUGUCAUGGUUGAUGCAAACUUAAGUCCACUAGCUCUUGAAGCAUCUUGUCAAUUGGCAGCAGAGGUGGGUACCCCAGUGUGGUUUGAGCCUGUAUCUGUUGCCAAGUCAAGAAGAAUUGUUUCAGUUGCCAAGUAUAUAACCUUCACUUCACCUAAUGAAGACGAAUUAAUUGCCAUGGCAAAUGCCCUAUCUCCCAAACACACCUUCUCCCCAAUUCAAAAAGAAGCCUCCACAAUAACCUCUCUCUUCCAACAACUAAAACCAGCAAUCUCAAUUUUGUUAGAAAAAGGCAUCAAAGUAGUCAUUCUAACCCUUGGAUCAAAAGGCGUAUUAUUAUGCUCCAAAAAACACUUCAAUUUCCUUGAUUCUAUUUGCCCAAAAAGAAUCAACAAUAACAAAAGGUUGCAAGAAGCUAUAAAUCUAGUCUGCCCGGUGGGCCGGUUUUCCGGCGGUGUGGUCCAUUUUCCGGCGGUGUCAUUGGCGGCGGUUGUGAGGUUGACCGGAGCUGGGGAUUGUUUGGUGGGUGGUGUGGUGGCGUCUGUUUGUGGUGGUUUGGAUUUAAUGCAAAGUGUUGCAGUUGGAAUUGCAACUGCUAAAGCUGCUGUUGAAGUGGAGAUGAAUGUGCCUCUUCAAUUUGAUUUCGACCAUAUUGCAGAGGAUGCAAGAUCGGUGUACUUGGGUGCAAAGGUUGUUUUUUCUCAGUCUAUGUUGUAAGACCAUAUAUAAUUUCCAACAUUGAAUGAAGAAAGGUUCUAGAAGCUUCUAAUGUUUUGGAAUAUACCAAGUUUUUAUGUAUUGUUAUCAAGAUAAUAAAAUAAUAGUAUCGUUGUCAAGGUCCAAAAAGAUAGAACAAAAUGAGACAAGAUAUAAAAAGACGUAAAUAACCUCAAAAAAAUUCAUAUAAAACUUUUUCAGUCUCGGUCAUUUCCAUAACCAAUAAUCCUAAAAUACCAUAUACACCUUCCAUUUCCAAAUGACACGUGUCACCGGAGAUAAAGCUAUGAACUUUCCCACCAACAUGAACCCAACUACAACCAGCCACCUUACCAAUUUCCUUCCCUCUCAUCUUCUUCCUCAACCUCCCCACCUCCUCCCACCGCC